CUCGAGUCCAUUGAGUUCGAGGGCCAACAGCCCAAACACAUAAAUUAGUUCACAAAAUUCGGACUGAGCCGACGCUUUUAGAGAAGAGAAUAUGCUCCUUUACCUAUGGAGAAUCUGUUGAUGGUACUUUCCGAUUCUCAACUCUGCAACUCCAUUGCAAUGAGUUUUAGAGCUCACAUUCACUUUAGAACCUCAAAACCCUAAAGCCUACUGAACUGCCAACCAACUACUUUUCUGGAUUGUAUUUAUAUAUAUAUAAUCCUUGUUUGUUUUCACGCAUUAAAUGCCUACUCCUCGCGUUCUCUCUGCUCUUCGCUGCUAUCGUCAUCGUUAUCAAGGCUCUUAUUCCCUUUCUGCUGCACUCGAGAAAUUUGAUUUUGAUGCUUUUCAUUCUUGUUCAUCCAAACACGAAGAGGAAACUGAACCUCAUUUCAAUACUUAUCAUAAACUUCAACGAAAUCCCUGCUCUUCACCGUCUUCAUUCGCAUUGCGCAGUAUAUUCUCUGUUAACUCUUCACGAAAUGUAGUCUCGUCUUCAAUUUCCAGAAAUAGUAGUCACCUGUUCCUCAGCCGGGGUUUGCUUACCAGAGCGAAGAAGAUAAAGACGAUAGAGGUGGUGGAUGAUCAUGGCCAGAGAGCAGUCACAACAGCUUUAUGGUGCAAUUUUCUUGUCUUUUCCCUGAAGUUUGGGGUCUGGUUUGUCAGUUCCAGCCAUGUUAUGCUGGCUGAAGUUGUGCAUUCAGUUGCAGAUUUUGCAAAUCAGGCACUUCUUGCUUAUGGUUUAAGUAGCUCCAGACGUGCACCAGAUGCUAUCCACCCAUAUGGCUAUUCCAAGGAAAGAUUUGUUUGGUCUUUGAUAUCUGCUGUUGGUAUCUUUUGUCUUGGUUCUGGUGCUACUAUAGUUAAUGGAGUUCAAAAUUUGUGGACUUCUCAGCAACCAGAAAACAUUGGAUAUGUAGCACUGGUGAUUGGUGGCUCAUUCAUUAUAGAGAGUAUUUCUCUCAUUGUGGCUAUACAAGCUGUCAGAAAAGGAGCUGCCGCGGAAGGAAUGACAGUGAGAGAUUAUAUUUGGCGAGGUCAUGAUCCUACAGCUGUGGCUGUCAUGACGGAGGAUGGUGCUGCAGUUACAGGCCUAGCCAUUGCUGCUGCAUCACUGGUUGCUGUAAAUGCCACUGGAAAUCCAAUUUAUGAUCCCAUUGGUUCCAUUAUAGUAGGCAACCUUCUAGGAAUGGUUGCUAUAUUUCUGAUCCAGAGAAAUCGUCAUGCUUUGAUUGGUAGAGCAAUUGAUGACAAAGACAUGGACAGGGUUCUGCAGUUCCUGAGAAAUGAUCCAGUUGUUGAUUCCAUUUAUGAUUGCAAAAGUGAGGUGAUUGGACCUGGUUUCUUUAGGUUUAAGGCUGAGAUAGACUUCAAUGGCGUAGUGCUGGUUCAAAAUUACCUAGAGAGAGCUGGACGUGAAGAGUGGGCUAAACAGUUUCGGGAGGCUUCAGAGCAGAAGGAUGAUGCAGAACUAUUGAAACUGAUGUCAUGCUAUGGUGAGGAAGUUGUCACAGCACUAGGGAGUGAAGUUGAUCGGCUAGAAAAGGAAAUCCAGGAAAUAGUUCCAGGCAUUAGGCAUGUGGACAUUGAGGCCCAUAACCCAAUUUGAUCGUCCCCACGAGUAUAUAACUUAAUACUGAGCUAUGCAGAAUUCUUUGGCAAAUUAUAACAAAAUGGGAUACACGAUUGAUGAAUUAUGGGAACUAUCAUUUAAUUGGAUGCUCUCAACGAAGCUUCUCUACACUGACAGCUGCGUAAAACUUGUUUGAAAAAAUUGUCAUUUCAGCGUAGGGGAUAAUGAUCCUCUGCUCGUCUUUUUUCUUGUGAGUGUACAAAAGCAGUUUCUAAUUAUUUCCGACGAUGAUUGUGCAAGUGGAAAGCAACUCAAAUGAUAUAUGAAAGGCACCUCAGAGAGAUUUGAUACCAAUUAAGCAGCUUAAAGAAUGGUUCCUGUCUCAAGCAAUAUAAUGUAAUAUAUGAACAUUAGAGUCACUAGACAAGUGAUAAUUAAAAAAGGAAAACUAGAGCCUUCCAGUGUGGAUGGUUAAGAUUGUCCAUUGAUAAGAGUGCAACGUGUGAUGUGUGGGUUAGAUGCAUGUCACGGGUUUGAACCUUGCUGUAGACAAACAUUUUGUAUUUAAGUGGGGAAGGGUAAAGUACAGGCUCAUUAUUCACUUGUUGCGAACUGUGGUACACUGCUACUUUGGGAUUUCUGGAUUGUCAAAUUUCUUUUUGAUGGUUCAGAUCU